UUCAUGGUCGAGCGAGUCAGGUGCGAGGAUUCACCUUCGUUCGGUGUCGUGUCCAUGGACGUUGGGGAGCCCAAGGUAGCCGAGGUCAAAGAAGAGAUCUUAAUCGUGGGUGGUGGAGGCCAUGAUGAUGAGACACACAAGAAGGGUAGUGCAGAUGAAGAGGUGUUCAAAGUCAAGGGCAAGGUCUUGGUCGAGGUCGACGAGGACCGUGAGUGGGAUGCGCACGUGGUCGAAGAAGGAGUGCCCGAGGUUUGGAUGGUCGAGGAUGAGUCCUUAAGGGCAAGGAAAGGAGGCGGGAAUGAUACAAAAGUGGGUAUCGAGGCCCUGCGACGAGAAGGUCCAAGA